UUUAACUGCUAACACACGUUUUAAGGUAUGUAGUAUAAUCGACUAUCAAUUUACAGUUAUUGUCUGUAUAUACAUACUAAAAAAGGUGUACUUUUAGGUUCCUGAGAUUAAACGCUCAGGAACCACACUCCAUACCAGUAGGUGGCGGUAAUGCUUAUCUAACGUUUCUAAUCAUGAAGAAAACUGUUGUUGUGAUUUAAAAAUGACGUCACAGCUACCGUCAGCCUAUGCUCAGCAUCACCGAGUUAGCUCGCAGGCUAGCUUUCAGCUAAAAGCGCUGCUGAGGGUUAUCUAUGAGUCGCAAAAGAAACCCCAGUUUUCUGGAAACAAAACGGUCUCCUGAAUUCUACGGUGCAUUCAUGGACCUCGCCGGGACAGCAGACAGAGCUGACGAGGAUUGUCUCGAGCUGGAACGCGAAGAGGAGCUCUUGUGCUCGGUCAGCGACAUCACGGAGCACCUGAAGCGAAACAUCGCCGUGGUUCUGGAGACAGCUCAGGCGGAGAUCCGACGAGUGGUCAGUAUCCGGAUACAAGUCCUGAAAAUGGAGCUGCGCGAGAAAAAUAAGGAGAUCGAAAGGUUAAAAGCUAAGCUCGAGGUGGUUCAGAGGGAUGGAAGAGAUGGCUUUACCACCCUGGAGCCCACCACUGAGUCUGGCUUCAUGAAAUUCCCCUUCAACCUGGGAUCCAAGCAUGGUGGCAUCGAUCCCAGGCGAGCCAAAUCUGUUAUCCCCGAGGUGAAAAGGGAAAAUAUCGACGCGAUUUGUGACUACCUGAUGAAAGACAAAAACUCGAAGGGUUGUGGCGAAAUGGACUCUGAGCUGCUCAGCCAAGCCAGAGGGGAAAAAGAGGCUGACGAAGAACCGGAAAUCCAGCCUCUGAGCCUGUGGUCAGACAGCAGGGUGGACGCUUCAGGGCCGGUGCAUGGAGACCCAGACUCCACUUCAGAUUACAUCUUCAGCAUGCCUCCCAUCGGCAGCAAACGGAUGUAUGACUAUGAAUGGAUGGCACCUGCGGCAUAUUCUUCAGAGCUGAAAGACAUGAAGCAGCCUGAAUGUGAAAACACCAGGGCCGCUGUGCUUGAGGAUGAUGACCACCACGCUGACGAGUCGUCCAGGAGGGACGGAGGUGGCGGACAGAAGCAAACCCAGGUCUGUUUCUCACACGUCCAGCUCUCGGACUGCUCCACCAAACCCCACGGCUCUUCAGGGACGGAAGGGGCUCCGCUGGAAGACAACACAGAGACAGGCCAACGGUUUAUCAGCCACACCUACAUCUGUUCACUUUGUGGAACCUUUUGCCCCGACUCCGUGUUUUUGGAGGAUCACAUCAAACUCAUACACCCAGAUGCUGAUGACGCGUCGGCUGCCAGGGCCCAAAAGUCAUCAUCUGGGGAAGAUGGCAGCAGUGAUUCUGUCAGCGUUGGGAAGGGGACCAGUGAGGGCAGUCCAGGAGUGAGCUCCGGUGUGAGCGCUGGAGGAGGAGGACCUGGGAAGAAGGAGAUCAAAACUGAAGGGGGGUACGAAUGCGGGGACUGCGGCCGUCACUUCAACUACCUUGGCAACCUUAGGCAACACCAGCGUAUCCACACUGGAGAAAAACCUUUCAUGUGUCCAGAAUGUGGCGAGAGGUUUCGCCACGCCGCCCGAUUAAAAAGCCACAGGUUGGUGCACAGCGGCGCCCAGAGUCCUUUCCCGUGUCCGCAGUGUGGGAAAGGUUUCUCUGUGCUUUCUGGUCUCAAACGACACCAAAGGGUGCACACCGGUGAGAGUCCGUAUGCCUGCCCCGAGUGUGGCCGAUGCUUCAAAGAGCUAGGAAAUUUGUACACCCACCAGAGGAUCCACAGUGGGGCUACUCCGUACUGUUGUCAGCAAUGUGGACGCUGCUUCCGCCAUCUAGGUACAUAUAAGAGUCACCGGUGCUCUCCAGCACCAUAACCGCCUUUAAAGUACACUGACUGUACUAGUCAUGAAAGAUGAAGUAGAAACAAGUUUUUAACCCUGUGAUCUUUUUCUGUUACUUUGAGCAUUUUGUGACAGUGAAAUACACUGAUAUGGAAAAAAUGUCUAAAGAUAAUCAUAAAGCAUCUCAGAACAUGUUUUCUAAUGUUUCCUGGUUCAUUUUUGAGCAGUAGCAAUGUUCUCAGGGACUUAAAGUCACUUGUUUUAUAGGUUUUGUCCUGAUCCUAUAGUCCACGAAAUACGGCCAUUAACAUCAAAGUUGAGGGUUUUUGGACUGUAUGCAUUUAACUGUAAUUAUUUUUGACAAUAUAUUACUUGUGACAUAUCCAUGUGAAAUAGCAGAUUUAAUUAAAAUAUAUUUAUAGAUUUAUUCCACCUUGUGAAUUGGCUUACAAGCAGAAAAAACCUGGCAUGAUCAUUGAGAUUGAUGACAUCACAUUCCACGUGUUUGUAUUUUAAGACAGUAUUGAUUGCAGUUGUAUGUUUUAGAAUUGCUUGUAAAAUGUUAGUAAAAGGUUUUCUUAUUUAUACAUGCUGACAAGUGGCUGACCAUGCUCGUUUUCUCCUGAAAAGUGAUAGUCUUGUUUAUCUUUAUGCACCACAUUGAACUGAACCAUAAAGCCGCCUGAUGGAUUCACACAGAUUCAACAAGUGUUCAUGUUGAAGACUUUAACAUCAGUCCCAAGCCUGAUCCUCUGUAUUAUUUCGAAGCAGAAGGUUAACAGAAGAGAAGAAUUGGUGGAAAUUCUUUCCUUUGCACUCCGUUGGAGGAAGACUGAAGUCUCCACUACUGACAGUAAAACAUAAAAGCAAGUCUUGAAUUUAUUAAUAUGUAUGUUGCUGAGCCCAAAGUAUCCUAAUCUUAUUGAAUGCCAUUAAACUUUAACCAGUUUUAGUUCA